CGGUGGCCACGCCCCGGUCAGUGCAGUGCGGACAGUGAGGGACCCGGAGUCUGUGUCACAGGGAUCGGGACAAUAUGGCAGCCAACGAUUACACACAGCAAGCCAGCCAAGGGUAUGGGACGUACCCCUCCCAGCCCGCACAGAGCUUUUCCCAGCAGGGCAGCCAGUCCUAUGGGCAGCAGGGCAGUGGCUACAGUGGCUAUGGCCAGUCUGCGGGCUCCUCUUCCUAUGGCCAGAGUGGAGGCUACGGGUCAUCCUAUGGACAGGAGCAGAGCUCUGGAUACAGCUCCCAGUCUGCACCUCAGAGCUACGGCUCCAGUAACUACAGCAGCUCACAAGCCCCUUACAGCGGAGGGCAGCAGUCAUCCCAGUCAUCGUAUUCCAGCUACAGCCAGCAGCCUCCAGCCAGCAGCAACACCGGAAGCUACAGCAGCAGCUCUCAGCCCUCUUCCUACCAGUCAGACCAACAGGGCAGCGGCUACGGACAGCAGAGCAGCGGCAGCUACGGCAGCCAGCAGAGCAGCUACGGAAGCCAGUCCAGCUUCGGCGGGCAGCAGAGCCAGGGCGGUUAUGGUGGUUCUCAGCCAAGCUCCUAUGGUCAGCAGUCCAGCUACAGCGCUCCUCAGGGCGGUUACGGCCAGCAGCAGUCCCAGUACAGCAGCAGCAGCGGAGGCGCCGGCAGCUACAAUCAGGACUCUCCCUCCAUAGGCGGCGGAGGCGGCUAUGGUGGCUCUGAUCAGGGCAGCUAUGGUGGGCCAGACGGUCGGGGCAGGGGACGUGGAUCGUUCGGUGGCCGCGGAGGCUUUGACAGAGGCGGGAGAGGAACGCGUGGAACGAGGGGCACCAUGGGCGGUGGUGAGCGGGGAACAUUCGGUAAAUUCCUUGGACCCCGUGAAGGUGGACCUCCCAGACCAGACAUGGCUGAGCAGGACAACUCAGACAACAACACAAUCUUUGUCCAAGGCCUGGGCGAAAGUGUCACAGUGGAGUCUGUUGCAGACUACUUCAAGCAGAUUGGAAUCAUUAAGACUAACAAAAAGACUGGGCAGCCAAUGAUCAACCUGUACACAGACCGGGAGACUGGCAAGCUAAAGGGAGAAGCUACCGUGUCCUUCGAUGACCCUCCAUCUGCUAAGGCUGCAAUUGAUUGGUUUGAUGGGAAAGAGUUCUCCGGUAACCCAAUAAAGGUCUCCUUUGCGACACGGAGGGCUGACUUCACAAGCCGUGGCGGUGGUGCUAAUGGCAGAGGUAGAGGGCGGGGAGGCCCCAUAUCACGUGGUGGAUUUGGCGGUGGCAGCCCUACUGGAGGAAGUAGCCGUGGAGCUAGUGGUGGUGGUGGUGGCGGCGGCAGCAGCAGCGGCGGCUACCCCAGUGGAGGUGGAGGACAGCAGAGAGCUGGGGACUGGAAGUGUCCAAACCCGACUUGUGAGAACAUGAAUUUCUCAUGGCGAAACGAGUGCAACCAGUGCAAGGCUCCGAAGCCUGAUGGGCCCGGAGGGCCAGGUGGUGCCAACAUGGGUGGGGGUUUUGGUGAUGACAGAAGGGGCGGAGGACGAGGUGGCUUUGAUCGAGGUGGCUUCAGAGGAAGAGGUGGUGACAGAGGAGGGUUCCGGGGUGGAAGAGGUGGUGACCGCGGUGGUGAUCGUGGUGGCUUUGGACCAGGCAAAAUGGAUUCCAGGGGUGACCACCGGCAGGACAGGCGCGAGCGGCCAUAUUAGCUGUGAUGUGCACAUUAUUAGUUUCCAGUUUUGUUUUUUUUUAAUAUGAAAUGUAUCCUAUGGAUUCUUGCUGUUCUGAAUUGAUGUCCUUUGUAUUACCUCCGCAGUGCGCUGUGAAUUUUACCCGUCUUUGUAAAGUCCUUGCUCAAUAAAUGUUGACCUUAUGCGUA